AUGGUCGCCGUCGAGAUGGAAUCCUUCUCCAACUCCCAGCUCCUCCUCAUGACCCUCCUGAUGCUCCUCGGAGGCGAGGUGUUCACAAGCAUGCUUGGUCUCCACUUCACCUGCACCAAGCUCAUCAAGAAGAGAGAGACACCUCAUCGUAAUAAUAGUCUCAAUGGUAAUAUUAAUGGGCCGCCACCGGCAUCUAGUAGCUUAGAGCACAGUCGCCGUCGCCGUCCCAUGGAGAUGGAAGCCCAGGCCGCCGCCGUCCAAAUGGAGCUAGCAGGGUUCAACAAGGAUUUCGCAUCCAUGGCUAGGCUGCUAAUGUGCAUCGUGCUGGGCUACCUCUUGGUGGUGCACCUCGCCGGCUACACGCUCAUACUAAUCUACCUCAGCGUGGUCGGCAGCGCGAGAGCAGUGCUGGUUGGCAAGAGGAUCAGCCUGAGAACCUUCUCCGCCUUCACGGUCGUCUCGACGUUCGCAAACUGUGGGUUCGUGCCAACGAACGAGGGGAUGGUGUCCUUCAAGUCCUUCCCGGGCAUGCUCCUCCUCGUCAUGCCGCACAUCCUCCUCGGGAACACGCUCUUCCCCGUCUUCCUCAGGCUCUCCAUUACAGCGCUCGAGAGGGUCACCAGGAGGCGAGACAUCCGCGAGCUGCUGAAGGACGGAGGACCCGGCGGCGGCGGACCAGCUGCCGCCGCUAUAGGCUACGACCACCUGCUGCCUGGAGCCCGCACAUGGUUCCUGGCUCUCACCGUGGCGGUGUUCCUGGCGGUGCAGCUGCUGCUCUACUGCGCCAUGGAGUGGGGCUCCGAUGGGCUUCGUGGGCUCACCGCGUUCCAGAAGCUCGUUGCGGCGCUCUUCAUGUCCGUCAACUCCAGGCACUCCGGCGAGAUGGUCGUCGACCUCGCCACCGUGUCGUCCGCCAUCGUCGUGCUCUAUGUGCUCAUGAUGUAUCUACCGCCUUACACCACAUUUUUGCCCGUAGCGAUGGAAGACCAGCAGCAGCAGCAAAAUGAGGCACAACCCGACGACAAGAGCAAGAGCAGCAGCAGUAUUAGCAUCUGGCAGAAGCUGCUCAUGUCGCCGCUCUCGUGCCUUACCAUCUUCAUCGUCGUCAUCUGCAUCACCGAGCGGCGGCAGAUUGCUCACGACCCAAUCAACUUCAGCGUCCUCAACAUCGUCAUCGAAGUCAUCAGGUGUUUAUUAAUUAAUCAAUUAACUCCAAGCGCAAUAGAUGAUCUCUUGCACUGCACUGGGCUCACAAUGAAGCAAUGCAACAUGGUGAUGCGUGCAGUGCGUAUGGCAACGUGGGAUUCAGCACCGGGGUACAGCUGCAGCAGGCAGGUGACGCCCGACGGCAGCUGCAGGGACGCGUGGGUUGGCUUCUCCGGCAAGUGGAGCAGGGAAGGGAAGCUCACGCUCAUGGCCAUCAUGUUCUACGGCAGGCUCAAGAAGUUCAGCAUGCAUGGGGGUCAGGCAUGGAAGCUGGGCUAA